UCACCUUCUCCCCAAUGGUGGUGAGGACUUUUUCCACUGAGAACUUCCUGUGAAAUCUCACUGCCCCUGUGCGGCUCCUCAGCGUUGAGAGGGGCCUGGUGCUGGAGAAGCUCUGAGGUGGCUGGGAAGACUUUCCCACCCUCCCCGCUGGUGGAAGGCACCCAAGAUGAGAAGAAGGUGCGCCUGGCCACAAACGAGGCCCUGGCGGCUGAAAGACUACAUUACCCAGAAAGCAAUGCGCGCAAGUCAGCGGAGGUAAAGCGCAUUUUGGUGGCUGCUCAUUCCAUGAGGGCGGGACUUCCGGCGGCGUCCUCCCGCGGACAUUUGGAUUUUUUUUUUGUUCUGUUCUGGGACUCGGUCUUCAGCCCAUGGGUCUCGAGUAGGAGAAGGCAGCGCCCCCGCGGGACAGGGUGUCUCUGAGGCUGGUUGAGCCCCAACACCCGGGACUGGGGUCCUCGAGGCUCCCCGACUCCUCUCCGCCGACAGAGGCCCCUCGGCCUCAACCCAUCGGACCCUCCAGCCUCGGGGCCGGCGCCGCUCGGGUCCCGCCGCCCAGGGCGCAGCGUCCAGCGCAGAUAUGGACUUUGAGGACGUGGCCAUUGCCUUCUCCCAGGAGGAGUGGGGGCUCCUUGAUGAGGCUCAGAGACUGCUGUACUGCGAGCUGAUGCUGGAAGUGUUUGCGCUGGUCUCAUCUCUGGGUUGUUGGCAUAAAACGGAUGAGGAGGAGGCCUGUUCUGAGCAGAGUGUAUCUGUACAAGGGGAGUCACAGAUCAGGGCUUCUAAGACAGCUCCAGCAACCCAGAGGACCCAUCUGUGUAAGCGGUGUUUCUCUGUUUUAAAAGAUAUUCUGCAUCUGACUGAGUCACAAGCAGCAUACUUUGAGCAGAAAGCCUUCUUCAGUGAUGAAUGGGUGAGAGACUUCUGUUUCAGUGCAAACCCUUGCCAGCAACAGAGGGAAGCCAGUGGAGAGAAGCCCUGGAAAGAAGCUGUGGACAGGGCCUUGUUUGUGACCAGGUGCAGCUUCUACUUACCAGGGCUGCCUUCAACCAGGAGGGAGGUUGGGGAAGACUUGCCAGCCAUCUCAGAGCUUCUCCAGCCCCAGGCCCCUCUCAACACUGAGGAGCCACACAGUGGCAGUGAGAUUUCCCAGAAACUUCUCAGUGGAAAAGGUCAUAACCAGUGGGGUCAAUGUGAAAAUGCUGCCAGCCACAACCAGAAAGUUGUUCAACAGAGCGUCUGCAAGGGAGAAGUGAAUUAUGAAUAUAACAAAUAUGGAAAAAUUUUUAGAGGAAUCUCUAGCCUCAUUCGAUAUAGGAAAGUUCACACUGGGGAAAAGCCAUAUGAGUGUAGUGACUGUGGGAAGUCAUUCAGGUAUAUCUCUGUUCUUAAUCAGCACCAGAGAGUUCACACUGGGGAAAAGCCAUAUGAGUGUACUGAUUGUGGGAAGACUUUCAGUCAUAGGUACAACCUCACUCAACACCAGAGAGUUCACACUGGAGAAAAACCUUAUGAAUGCAUGAAUGUGGGCAGUCCUUCAGACGAAGGCGUGCCCUCACUGAACACCAGAGAAUUCACACUGGAGAAAAACCUUAUGAAUGCAGUGAAUGUGGGAAAUCUUUUACCCGAAAAUCUCACCUCCUUAGACACCUGA